AUGACUCUAGCUCGUCAAAAGUUAGCAGAAUUAACAGAAUUAACAGAUCACAAUAAUGCCAAUACCUCCAUUACCUCGAAUCAAAGCACUUAUGUUGUUCAUAAACCUGAUGGAGAAUUAACAAAGCUCCGCCGAUUAUGGUGGGAAGAGGGCAACAUACACCCGCAAGCAAACUGGGAAGAGGCAAUAUUUCCUUACGUUCUUGCUGAGGGAAUUACAUUAGAGGAGUAUGAACGUCGUACAGAUGAAUUUAACGUCUGUGCAAUGCAUAUCUGUAAUGGAACUGAUGCCAAUAUUGGGAGUCUUGGGGCUCGUGCUGACAAUUCCGGUAAAAAAGCUGAUGCAUGUUUUAGCCCUUCAAAACCACCAGUGCGACUACCAAACGGGAGCGAUGGAAAGAAAGAACUUUGGCCAAAUCUUAUCGUUGAAGUCGCGUAUUCUAAAAGCGAGCAACAUGUCCUGAAUAAGUUUGAAUUUAGUACCCAUGACAAAGAUGAGAAUCCAAAAAGUAUUCAACUGGGUCAAUGUGUUAUCCAAAUUUCACUGGAUUGUUUGUAUUAUGAUACAUUUCCUAGAAUUACAAUUCCUCGACAACUUCUCCCGGAUCCAAUUGUAUUGGAUUUCUUGCUAAUUCGAAAUGAAUUCCUCCGUAUGUAG